AUGAAGCCCAGAGAAUACUGCUGCUGCGCAAUCCCCGUCAUCUAUACGGGCAUCUACACGGCGUUGACGGAGCAGUUCGUCCUCGGAAUCGUAGCUGGAACGCUUUCAAUAGCGACACCAUCAAUCGUUGGUGCUGCAUCUGCGACACCGUCCGCAGCGAAAUGGAUUACCGCUAUCAUCUGCUAUGUAGGAGCUGCCCUGCAGCUCAUGGGAUUCGCUGCAGUCCGCAAUGAAAAGCCCACGAUGUUCCGGCGUUACACGACACUACAUCUCAUCGUAACGCUGGGUGCAUUCUCCGUUGCAGCAGUUUGGAUCAUACUGUCAGCGGCCCGACACAGUCAAGCGGUCACAGCAUGCAAAUCCACGUUCUUUGGCACGGACUCGGACCUUCAGGACGAGGCCACUACUCUCUGCGACAUCUUCCCAUGGGUUGACGUCGGUAUCAUGGGUGGCCUCUGGGCCUACCUCUACUUCGUCCUUUCCGCCUAUAUUGCGGGUCAGGAGCUCGCCCACAGUCGGUACGACUCCAUGUACGACGCCACCAAGCCCCUUGCUAGUGAUAUCCCGCUGACCGAACGCGCCGACCCCUGGGACACAUCCAUGGACUCUCCUCCUCGCGGGUACCAUGACAGGUCAGAGAGCAUUGACAGUGUUUCCACCGUCAUGGGUAAUAAAGUUCAUCAACCCCGGGAAUACGAUGGCUACGGUCAGACGUCCUACAGGCCAGAAGAACGUCACGAUGCCGAUACAAGCGCACAGAACAUUGGCUCGACCGCGGUGGUGAACGACGGCUAUACCCAUGGCUACCAUAGUGGCACAGACUAUCCUGACCACUCGUGA